AUGAAGUUUGGCUCUCUCCUCGGCCUGUCACUGGUUGGCCUCAGUGUUGCCUCCCCCGUUACCAACGUUUGGAAAUCACCAAGAGCUGCUGAUGAUUUUAUCCGCGGUGUUAACCUGGGAGGAUGGCUGGUGUUGGAACCAUGGAUCACGCCCGGUAUCUUUGAAGAAGGAGGCGACAGCGCAGUGGAUGAAUGGACGCUCAGCGAGGCUCUCGGUCAGCGUGCCCAUGAGCGUCUCAAGCUGCAUUGGAACACCUUCAUGGAGCAGAAGGACUUUGAUCGCAUUAAAGGUGCAGGACUCACCCAUGUCCGCAUCCCAAUCGGAUAUUGGGCCGUCGCUCCCAUCGAGGGAGAGCCCUUCGUUCAGGGCCAGGUAGACAUGUUGGAUGCUGCCAUCGACUGGGCCAGACACUCUGGUCUCAAGGUCAAUGUUGACCUCCACGGCGCCCCCGGAUCUCAAAACGGCUUCGAUAACAGCGGCAGACUGGGCCCGGCCAACUGGCAAAAGGGCGACACUGUGGCACAAACCUACAAAGCCCUCGACGUUCUCAUCCAGCGAUAUGCCAAGAAGGAGGGUGUUGUCGACGAAAUCAACCUCAUCAACGAGCCUUUCCCCCAGGCUGGCAUCCAAGUCGAACCUCUCAAGGACUUCUACCGCCAGGGCGCCGCCAAGGUCAAGAGCGCCAACCCCAAUGUCGCUGUUGUCAUUUCCGAUGCCUUCAUGGGCCCAUCCAAGUGGAACGGCUUCGACGUCGGGGCCAAGACCAUCAUCGACACCCACCACUACCAAGUCUUCUCUCCUCAGCUCGUCGCCAUGGACAUCAAUCAGCACGUCAAGGCUGCAUGCGACUUCGGCAACGAUGAACUCGCCAAAUCCUCCAUCCCCGCUAUUGUUGGUGAAUGGUGCGGUGCCCUGACCGACUGCACCCAGUACCUCAACGGCCGCCAUGAGGGAGCCCGAUACGACGGCACCCACAAGGACUCAGACCCCAAGACUGCCGUCCCCAACGGCUGUGUCCGCAAGACCGGAGGUUCUGCUUCUCAGCUCACCGAUGAAGAGAAGACUAAUACCCGCCGCUACAUCGAGGCUCAACUUGACUCCUUCUCCAAGGGCCACGGAUGGUUCUGGUGGACAUGGAAGACCGAGCGCGGUUCUCCUGGCUGGGACCUUAACGACUUGCUUUCGAACGGCCUUUUCCCGCAACCUCUUGAUUCAAGGAUGUUCCCUGGCCAGUGCAACUAG